AUGAAAGACAACGGCAGAGGCGGCUAUAUCCAUCUCCGGCAUGUGAGGGCGAAGUGCGCCCGUCUUCCCUACAUGAUGCAUCAGACAUUGAGAUCCCUGCGCCCCCUCGGGCAAGCUUCAUCAAUUUGGCUCCGAGCUUCCACCAAGCUUGUCGUCCGCGCUGCACCUCGCCGCUCCUACGCAUUCCAAGCCGGCGGAUCACCAACUUUCCAGGUCUUCAACCGCCACACAAAAUGGCUGCAAAAGGAGCGUGCCGCCGCUGAUGCUGAAGCCAGCCGGGAGUCUGACUACCUCAAGGACGAGGUGGCCAGGCGACUCUGCGAGCGUCUACUGGAUAUCAAUCGCUCCUUUCCCAAGGUCCUCGACCUCGGCGCCAAUUCAUGCAACAUUGCCCGCGCCCUAACGGCAGAGAAUCCCGAUCCCGAUCCAGCCCUCCCCAUCAGCCCGCCUCUCGCGACGCGCAUUGAGGAGCUGGUUGCCGCCGAAUCCUCCAGCACUCUCCUCCACCGCGAUGCCGACCUACCCUUCAACAAAGACAUCACCAUCACCCGCGAUGUUCUCGAUAACGAGGAGUUUCUCCCAUAUGCCCCCGGCACCUUUGACCUCGUCUUGAGCUCCAUGAGUCUGCAUUGGAUCAACGACCUGCCCGGCGUCCUCACCCAGAUCAACAACGUCCUCAAGCCAGACGCCCCCUUCAUGUGCGCCAUGCUCGGCGGUGAUAGCCUUUAUGAGCUUCGCACGAGUCUGCAGCUCGCGGACCAGGACCGCAGGGGCGGCAUCUCGCCGCACGUGAGCCCCCUCGCCGACGUCAAGGACAUGGGUGGUCUGCUGCAGCGGACCGGCUUCAAGCUGCUCACCGUCGAUGUCGAGGACAUCAUUGUCGACUACCCGGACACUUUUGCCCUGAUGCAGGAUUUGCAGGCCAUGGGCGAGUCGAAUGCCGUGCUCGGCCGCGAGAUGGGGCCCAUCGGGAGGGAUGUACUGCUGGCGAACGAGGCCAUCUACCGAGAGCUCCAUGGCAAUGAGGACGGCAGCAUCCCUGCGACGUUCCGCAUCAUCUUCAUGAUUGGGUGGCACGAGGGUGAUAAUCAGUCCAAGCCGUUACCGCGGGGCAGCGGUGAGAUCAACCUCAAGGAUAUUCUAUCCACGGAAUAG